CGGCCGUCGGCUCAGAAUGGAGCCUGCCCACGUCGGAGGGGAUAUGUCACCUCUGUAUGUGCCAAGGAAAAGAAAGUUAGCCCAGUCACAUCUUAAAGGUGGAACUCCAUGUCCAGUUGUUCAGCGGAUGCCGGAGAGAGUCUGUGAAUCGAAUGCAGGUGGAUACACGAAGGAUGACGAGUCUCAAGCCCACGGUUCUCUGAAGAUGAAACGGACGUACGGUAGAAAAAGGUACGAGGACCUCCAGAGUGUUUCCAUGGGAGCAGUAGAUUACCCAACCCCCAGCUGCUCAGUGAUGUCAUCAGGUGACCUGGCCAAUGGUGUGGACCCAGGCUCCAUGGCUCCACCCACAGCGAGGCUCCCUCCGAGACUGGAGGCGAAGGAGGCGUGGCCUCAAGGCCCCGAAGCCUGUAGGGAGCAGUCCCAGCCUCAGGACCAGAGCUGGAACUCCCGGGAAAGAGGCCCCAAUGCCUGGGCCCCGGUUCGAGACCGACCCCAGGAGCAGGUGUGGAACUCUGGCAGACAGCGAGCGGGACACUCGUGUCCAGACCAGACAUGGAUGUCAGGCAGGGACAGAGCUCAUGGGGGACAGGAGCAGGCCUGGAUGACGGGUCAGGACCGGGGGCCUGAGCAGGGCUGGGCAGCCGGCAGAGACCGAGGCCAGGAUCAGGCCUGGAACGCCGGCAGGGAUCCAGGAAGAGAGCAGGCCUCCUCUGGGCCGGAGCCUGCGUGGGGAUCCGGACGAAACCAAGACCAAGGCUGGAGCAACACGAGCAGAGACAGAGGACACAUCUGGAGACCAGAGCUGAACAUGAAGAAGGUCCAGAGAGCAGAGAUGGAGCCGCCACCAGAGACCAGAGACUCCUGUUCAGUCGCAGCCAGCCGUGAAGCCUCCACAUCUCAGUCCAGUGAAGAUCACAAACCUCCAGUUGUCUCCAGUAAGAAGGAGCCUCCUACCUACGCUCCAGGAAGUCCAGAGGAGCGCUGGCAGCUCCAGAUUGUGGCCAAAGGCAGAGUCACCUGUCCCAAGUGUAAGAGUGUGAGCAGGAAGACGGUGGAGGGGCUGAAGAAGCACAUGGAGAACUGCCGACUGCAACCGUUCACCUGUCAACACUGUGGGAAACAGCUGAAGUCUUCCACUGGGAUGAAGUACCACGUCAUGGCCGACCACAGCCACCUGCCUUCAGCAGAAGAAGCCAAGGACCUGGACGACCGCACCAUUAAAGACAAACUGCGCAAAAUCCUGAAGAGACUGGGCAAAUUAAAAUGCUCCAAAGAGGGCUGUACUGCUGCGUUCACCAGCAUCAUGGGCUAUGUCUACCACAUGAAGAAGUGUGGGAAGGAGGAGUCCGAGCUGGAGAAGCUGUUGCUGAACUGUUCUCACUGUGGGAAGACUUACAAAUCCAAGGCUGGUCUGGAAUACCACCUUAAAUCAGAGCACGCUCCUACGCCCCAAAAGACCGAGGAAGACGAGGCUCUGAAGGCCCAGAGGGAGGCCAACCCGGAGAGGACGCCGAGCGGCCGGGUGCAGCGGGCCUCCGCGCAGGUGGCCAACUUCCACUUGGCUGAAAUCGCCAGCAACGACCUCCCCAAAGACUGGCCCAAGAGGAAGUUCCAGUGCGACCUGGUGCCCGACGACAAGAAGUUAAAAUACGCCCGACCAGGCCUCCCUGCCUUCAGCCAGGAGGUGCUGAGGAAGUGGAGGAACGAGGUGAAGCUGCAGAGGAAAGUCCACUGUCCCAACCAGGGUUGUGGCAGCACCUACACCAGUGUGUCUGGGCUGAAGGCUCAUCUGGGCCUGUGCACCAGGGGCGACUUUGAAGCUGGAAAAUACAGAUGUCUCAUCUGCAACAAAGAGUUUAACUCUGAGAGUGGAGUGAAAUAUCACAUCAACUCCAUCCAUUCACAGGACUGGUUUGUGACGAACAAGAAGGCUUCCAAGACGUUUGAGAAGUUCGUGAAAAACCAGCACAAGGAGUUAAUCAAUAACGUGGACAAGCAGAUUGUGGAUCAGUAUCACCAACACCACCUCCAGCAUCACACUCACGUCCACUGCCCCCAUCACCAUCACCAUCACCAUCAGCAGCAGCAGCAUCUCCAGCUCCAGCCCAUGCAGCACCCUCUGCAGCCGCUGCAUCACCUCCAGCACCAAACCCAGCUCCUCCAUCCAGAUCACCAGAACCUCCCCCCGCAGGCGGACGUCCAGCUGCAGCAGCCCAUCCUGCAGUACACCCCCCUGGAGCCUCCUGUGGGACCGCUGUGGGUGGACAUGGACCGGAGAGGAGUCGUGCACGGGUCGGAGCUGGCCCCGCUCCAGAUGGAGGUGGAUGCAGAGGACAAACCAGCAGAGGACGGCAGGGAGAUGGUGGAGGGACGAGAGAAGGGAGAGGGGGAAGGCUGACGGGAAGAGGAGGGAUUGCUUUGGGUUCGGUGCAGGUGGAGGCGUCAGCAGCUCGUCCGGCGAAUUGGAGGCGGAGCGGCAGGAGAGGCAAAGACAGGUGGAGCAGUGGAGUCCGAAAGGGCCGGGCGUCAUGGAGCUGCACCCUGAGGCCGGGAAGCAACAACGUGGAACUUAAAGACGACACUGAAAACCAAACUUCCCUUCGGGGUCGUGCACCGGAGCUACAACAGAGGUAGGAAGAGACACCAUCUAAAGUCUGUCCAUAUUUUAUUAGACAGUUUUCCUCAAGACAGAGCAGCUAACGACAGAGCUGCACUUCUUGAGAAAGCUUUUCACUGAUGAUUGGAAGAAAACCUCAAGGUGUCACUGUGGAUGGAGACUUCACGUUUCUCUGUAUCGAAAUGUUUGUUGCUGUAAAGCUCAGAGAAGUCGUAGUUCUGCCGUUUAUCUGUGUUUGUAUGUAACCGAUUCUUAAACGUGUCUCAUACUUUUUAAAAGGUUUGAUAAACACACUCUUUGUCUUUUACGUUUACCGGAAAGGGAAGACUUUGCUCUAACUUGAAGAGAGGAUGCUUCGGUAUUUUUAACUGGUCCAGUUGUUCUCUGUCUGAAAAUAUUUGUGCCUCUUGAAUAUGAUUUAAUAACUUCACACGACUCAUCUUCAUCAUCACGUUGAAUCCGAGCUGAUCUAAAAGCCUUAUCUGGGCUAAAUAAUGUUGGAAGUCAAAGAGGAUCAGUUCGACCUUUUCUCCUCAUUUCCAUCUGUGGGAAUAAAUGUCUGCUGGCGACUGAAAUAGGCAAAAAAAAGUUUCUCUGUGGACCUAAAAGGUUUCCAUCAAGCUUCAACAAAGAAAAUAAUUUAAUCUGAUGUUUUUAUUAUUUAUCGUUAAGCUAGAAAACUUCUGACAUCUAGAAUUGUCAAAUCAGUAACCAAAAUAAUCACCGACUGAUUUCAUGCGAUGGAUUUAAUAAAUGUAUCUUAUUUGGUUCGGUUAGGAUAGAAGUUUAACGUUUAAUUGUGUAAAUCGUUUUAAACCUUCCAAGAAAAGCACAGAAUCAUGAAUAACGACUCAUCGAUGUGUCACAGUGAAGGGACGACGUCAGAGAGGAAGAUUUAUUAAUUUUCACAGCGUAGCCCGAGUCCUCUUCACCUCAGAGACGUGAACCGUCCUGAAGGAAAUGCAUUUAACAUGGAGCGUUCAAAGACCGAAUAUUUAACCAAUAGUAUGUAGCCUAAUGUUUAUAUACUCUAUCUACAAUAGUGCUUAUGGAUGGUUCUUUUGUUUGACUCUAUUUUUUGUAUUUUCUUUUCACAUUUAUGAAUGUUUUAGAUUCUUAGUUUCUCUUCUGUUCUACACUUAAGUUUCCUUUUAAAAACAACAAUGAUUCUUCCCUUUAAUCUGUGAAUCUGUCUUCAAGAAACUGUGUUUAUGUAUUUUACUGUCUCUGAUUCUGUUGAAAGUGUUUUACUCUUCAUCAGAUGCCUUUAGAGAGAUCGGCCUGUGUCGUUAAAAGAGGAAAAACCUCCUGUGCUGCAUGGGAAGUAUUUCAGAAAGCGGGAUUUCUUUCUGUAUUAUUAAUCGAGUAUAUUAUGAAGUAGUGAUUUCUAUUAUUUAACAUCAGGCCUGAUGAGAAGUCUCACACUGUGUUCUCUUCAGGCUUUGUUUCCAUAAGGUUCUGUGAGAAUCCUUCCAGCAGUUUUUUGCCUAACGUCUCUCAACAGAGCUCAUUCGUCCAUCAAGGCCCAACAGUUCAGUGGAAUUCAAGCUGCAGGAAAUCACACACACUCAUAGAAGUCAGUUCCCUCAAUGUGCCUGAUAAUUUUCAUCAAGAUUCGUGAAUUAUUCUCUUGGAAAACGUGACACUAAUUCCAGGAUAUUCACCAAAAUUCAAUCGUUUCUCCCCAUUUGUUUUUUCUUGUUUUCUUACAAACAAACAAACCAAAGAGCAAAGCAAAGGACGGAGGUGACCACAGAACCACUGCUGGUUCCCCCGGAUCCUGAGUGGGACCUCUGACUUACUGGGUUGAAAUACUUCCCAUGUCCUUUACGCUUGUGACCAAAUCGUUAUCACCAUGCUUGCCCUUUGAACUGUUUGAUAGCACAAAGCACUGCUCGACAUGAAGAGAGAGCAGGUUCAUCAGAUAAACUAAGGCCCAGGCAUGUUAGUUAUGAUAGAACUUCUGAGACCUUUUGUCACAUUGCUUUUACCGUUAACAGCAGCUUAUGUUUUUAUUGAGGCCGGAGCACAGUCCUAUUAUCUAAACUAGGUAAAAACUAGAUUGUCACUCAGCGGAGUUUUUAAGGUCCAACUAUCCCUUUAUGAAACCUUAUUAAUGGUAACUUCCUUGGUGGAGGGAUAAAGAUAUAAACAACCAAUUCCACAUUAGAGAGGACGAGUAAGGGUCAUCAAUUUGUUUUCAAAUACUAGAGGUUGAGUUUUGAAAAGCUGGGUUAAAGUUUCAUGACUUCUUGGAGGGGUUUAAUGAGGCUCAAGGGAAGAAUACAUCACAUCUAAGUGGCAAUCCAGGAAAGUCACUUUCUUUGGCUUUCUGAGAAGGUUUUUGACAUUUUCACCUUUUCUCAGAGGAUAAUUAAAGAAAUUUGAUGUUAAGGGAACUGAGAAUUGUGAGUGAGUGAAACUUGGUGCAGCUCAAUUGAAUGUAAUGGACGGUUGGGCCUCGGCGCAGGUCAGAGCUCCAGAGAGCCGUUCAAGUCAUGAAUGUUGUUUAAUCCGUGGGUUGAACUCUUUGAUUUGGUCUCGACCACCAGAACUAGCAUCUUGUGAAAAAGAUGGCCGUCAUAGAUGUGAUGUUGGGGCAGAAGUUGUGUUUUUAAACCGUUGACAGUGAAGAAGCUCUGUGCGUCAAAUGAAUAUUGAAAUGAACGAAACACUGUUGUCAUGUCUUAGUGCCUCAUCACCAACAUUCAUACAGAUAAAACAUAUAUAUAAAUAUAUAUAUAUUGUCUAGACCAGAUUUAAUUAAGAUUCAGUAAUAGAAAGCAGUUUUAUCAUUUCUACUCAAGUAAAAGUCUUUAAAAACUCUGUAAAUGAAUAUGUUAUGACUUGUUUUUUAGAAGUUAUGUGCUGCGGUUUCAUAGUACCAGCAGUGGUGUAACAACAGAUAAUUAAAAGUUUAAUUAAUGGUC